AUGCUUUUAUCUAAUUUCCUGUUUUUCUCACUGCUUUUACGAUGCACAGCGCAAAAGAGAAACGUGCUUCUUAUAAUCGCUGACGAUGCCGGUUUUGAGACUGAAGUGUACAAUAACUCAGUGGUGCACACUCCAAACCUGCGCACUUUGGCCAAACGCAGUCUGCUCUUCAAUAACGCCUUCACGUCCGUCAGCAGCUGCUCGCCCAGUCGCUCCUCCAUCCUCACUGGACUCCCACAACACCAGAAUGGCAUGUAUGGCCUUCAUCAGGGAGUCCAUCAUUUCAACUCUUUUGAUGGAGUGCAAAGCCUGCCGCUGCUUCUCAGUAAAGCCGAUGUACACACUGGAAUUAUAGGUAAGAAGCAUGUUGGACCAGGGUCUGUCUACCCGUUCGAUUUCGCCUACACAGAAGAGAACAACUCAGUGCUUCAAGUCGGAAGAAACAUCACUAGAAUCAAACUUUUGGUGCGAAAGUUUUUCCAGACACAUAAAGAGAAAGCACAGAAAAGGGAGCCUGGACAAAAAGACAGGUCCUUUUUUCUCUAUGUGGCAUUCCACGACACGCACAGGUGUGGACACUCACAGCCUCAGUUUGGUGCUUUCUGUGAGAAGUUUGGAAAUGGAGAAAAGGGAAUGGGCAGGAUCCCUGACUGGACACCACAGCUCUAUACCCCAGAUCAGGUCAAGGUCCCUACUUUUGUUCCAGACACACCGGCAGCUCGAGCCGACUUAGCGGCUCAGUACACCACCGUGAGCCGGCUUGACCAGGGCAUAGGUCUGGUUUUGCAGGAGCUCCGAGAAGCUGGUUACGACAACGACACUUUGAUCAUCUACAGUUCAGAUAAUGGCAUCCCGUUCCCAAAUGGAAGGACUAACCUGUACCGGUCCGGGACGGCAGAGCCCAUGCUGGUGUCGUCCCCAGAGCACAGGCAGCGCUGGGGGCAGAGCAGUGCGGCCUAUGUGAGCCUGCUGGAUAUUACCCCCACUGUUUUGGACUGGUUUUCUGUCCCGUACCCAUCCUACAGCCUUCCCAGCAGCCCCUCUGCUCCAGUCCACCUCACAGGACGCUCUUUACUCCCUGCUCUGAUCACAGAGCCCAGAACAUGGGACACAGUGUUCGCCAGUCAGUCUCUACAUGAAGUGACGAUGUUCUAUCCAAUGCGCUCUGUCCACCAGGGGGCCUACCAUCUUCUUCACAACCUCCACUAUCGUAUGCCCUUUCCCAUUGACCAGGACUUCUACGUGUCUCCCACCUUUCAGGACAUCCUAAACCGGACGCAGGCUGGAGAAACCACUCACUGGUUCAAAACUCUACAGCAGUAUUACUACAGGGAGCGCUGGGAGCUGUAUGACACCAGGUCUGAUCCUCUGGAGAUACAGAACCUGGCCUCUGACGUGGAGUACAGGCCUGUGCUGCUGAGCCUCAGGCAGCAGCUGCUCAAGUGGCAGUGGGCGACUGGAGACCCCUGGGUCUGUGGUCCCGACCAGGUCCUGGAGGAGAAGCUGGAGCCGCGCUGCAGACCACUCCACAAUGGGCUCUAA